GGCCAUUCAACUUGCACCAUGCCGAACAUUUAUAAUAUUCGAGCAAGGAUGUACAAGGUAGGCCGAUCGUAUAUAUAUAUCGUAGCUGCUGCUGCAUUAUUCUAACCACUCCUUUCCGUUUGCUUCAUUGGCGCUUUCUGGUUAUUUAGCAGAAGUAUCUAUACUAAGAAAACGUCUCCCCGCAACUUCAUCUAUAUAUCUCUCGCCAUUAUUUUUUUUCAUCUAACAAAGCAUUGCAUGUGCCCACAAUACGCCGCAGAAUUUAUAUAACCUUACCCCUUUAAUACAAAAAGUAGCCGAUCGACUCGAAGUCUUCUGCCCCCUUACUUCGAUACGAACUAAUCUCAGCGGUGGCUUGUAGCGCCCGUGUACGUAUUCGACUACGUCAUUGAAAUCACCGGCCCGCUCCAUAGAUCUUCAACGGCGAGCUCGCGUUAAAGUGAAAAAAAUAGUAUGGCGCCGCAUAGUUUACUAGAUGGCCAUGAUGAUGGUCCGGCAAACAAUGGAUCCUCGGAGGUCCGUCGCCACAUUGACCCGGAUCAGCAACCGAAGCACGACUCUCCAAGCCAUUCGUCACACCUAGAGAAAGCUUCGCCAGGAGACAUCCACGAUUUGAUAUGCGUCGGAUUUGGACCUGCCAGCCUUGCAAUUGCGGUUGCCCUUCAUGAUUCUAUUGAGAAAGGCAAUCUGUCCAGGAAUAGCGACGGAGGAUCCCCAAAGGUACUCUUUUUAGAGAGGCAGCCACGGUUCGCUUGGCACGCUGGGAUGCUUCUACCCGGCGCGAAGAUGCAGAUAUCCUUCAUCAAGGACAUGGCUAGUUUGAGAGACCCCACCUCACAAUUCACCUUUCUAAAUUAUCUCCACAAGAAUAACCGGCUUGUUGAAUUCAUUAAUUUGAACACUUUCCUGCCUGCGAGAGUUGAAUAUGAAGAUUACCUUCGAUGGUGUGCGAGCUUCUUCGACGAUGUUGUUCAGUAUGGUACAGAAGUCGUCUCAGUCUCUCCUGCUAAGGGACUAGAUUCCCAAGGGCAGGUUUCUACUUUCACCGUCACAUCGAAAGACGUUAAGACGGGCACUCUGACAACGCAUCGAGCCAAGAACGUCCUGCUAGCCAUCGGAGGACAACCCUCGAUUCCGAAAUCCUUACCUUCUAGUCAUCCUCGUGUUAUCCACUCUUCCCAAUAUGCACACCUUGUGCCGAAGAUUCUUGAGAACCAGAAUUCUCCUUAUCGCGUGGCGGUAGUUGGAGCUGGGCAGAGCGCUGCUGAGAUUUUUAAUAACGUCCAGACACUUUACCCGAACUCUAGAACGUCUCUGAUCAUGCGUUCCGAAUUUUUGAAGCCCAGUGACGAUUCACCCUUCGUCAACUCAAUCUUCAACCCCUCCUUCGUUGACUCGCUCUAUCAAAGGUCGGCGGAAAAUAGAUAUUCUUUGCUGGACGGUGCAAGGAGCACAAACUAUGGAGUUGUUCGACUAGAACUUAUCGAACGCCUCUACGAGCGUAUGUACGACCAGAGGCGCGAACUUGGGAGCGAUGAACGAAAGUGGCCCCACCGCAUCUUAGGUGCUACCGAUGUGGUAGGCUUCGAUACUAAAUCUGAUCAAUUGCGACUCAUGGUUCGCCCUCUAAGUUCCGUACAUAGCAAUGUAGCGGAAGAUGAAAUCUUGGAGGUAGAUCUCAUCAUCGCAGCAACGGGCUACCAGCGACAGUCUCAUUUAGCUAUGAUGGAGGAAGUGGCUGAUUUGCUGCCCGAGGUCGACGGCUCUAAUGGAACCCCGAAGAAGAAUGGGACAGAAGCAAAGAUUCAAAACCGUCCGGUGAGGGUGUCCCGAGAUUACAGCGUCGAAUUCGCUCCAGGAAAAGUGUCCCAGGGAUCCGGAAUCUGGCUACAAGGGUGUUGCGAAGGAACGCAUGGAUUGAGCGAUACUCUAUUGUCCAUAUUGGCUACUCGAUCUGGAGAGAUUGUGAAUUCGAUAUUCGGAAACUCGAAGAGUAACGAGACCGCAUAGCCGAUUGAAUUUGUUGUUAGAGAUAAACGUCAAUUCCUCCCUAGGGUAAAACACGCCACACGAUUUUGAUAUGCAUUGUUAUCUUGGAGUAGUUGCCGUAGCAAAAGGAACGAGGAGUGAAAAUAGUAACCAUAUGCUGGGUUUAUAUAUUCCAUUCGAGGUUUAUAAACCCAAUGCGUUGUCUUUCGAGAGGGUUUAAAAAUUAUGGAUGGACAACAUAGGCCAAAGCAUCACUGAAUGGACAAGUUCUACCUAGGUAGAUUCACACGUCCUUACCAUGUAAUUAUGAAGCUGUCCAUACAUAUGAUUAUACCAUAAGUUCUUCUGACA